CGUUCUAACGUGAAAUUGUGAAAUCCUCAGAAAUUUGUAUUUCUCGUUCUAUUUUUCUAUCUGCAAAAUGAGUCAAUUGGUUGCCAAGGCCCAGGCCCUAGCCAACAAGAUUGUAGUGGCAGCACGUCCGCAGCUCGAAGAAUUCUGGAAGUAUGCCAAGGUGGAGCUAUCGCCUCCGUUGCCCGCGGAUUUCCAGAAGUUGAAGAAGACCGCCGAGACCGCUAAGAAUGUCUCCAAGAAGGAUAUGAAGGGCCAGCUGAAGAAGUCGGGACUUUCCCAGACCACCGUCAAGGAGGCCUGGCUAAAUAUUCUGGUCACCGUGGAGGUUAUUACCUGGUUUUACAUGGGCGAGGUCAUCGGUCGCCGUCACUUCGUCGGCUACAAGGUCUAAACUAAACUGAUCUAAUGCUUUCCUUAUGUUCUUUCGUUGCAUACACAUAUUUUCUGUGGCCAGGUGCACUGAAUAAAGGUGCACUAUCAGCAUUACAA